AUGGAGUUAUGUCCAAUUAGUCUUAAAGAUUAUAUCCGAUUUAAAUAUAUCCGAUAUAAUAGACAAUUAGGUCAACAGUUGGAUUAUAAAGAGUAUAAUAUGUCAAGUGUUUUAUUAUAUCAAUUGCUAGAAUGUGUCCGAUAUUUGCAUGAAUUGAAUCCACCGGUCAUUCAUCGGGAUCUCAAACCCGACAACAUAUUAAUUACCCGCAAAAAUGAUAAACGAUUCAUAAAAUUAGUCUAUCGACAGAAAUACAAUCAAAAAUCUAAUAUCUAUAGCAUUGGUGUAAUUAUUGAAGAAUUAUUUGAAAUUGAUAUCAAUUGUUUAAAUAAAAAAAUAAUACCAUUUGAAUAUAAAACACAAUAUCUAAAUCUUCUUGAAAUAAUUUGUCAAACAAAACAACCAGUGAGUAAAAAGAGACCUAAUUGUGAUCAGAUUAUUGAUCAAUACAAUCAAUGGUCUAUUAGUAUUACAAAUAUUAAAACACAUAUGAUAUCAAAUGAUGAUUGGAUUAAAAUGAUUGAUAAGUUUUAUGUGUUUGACGAUAGAGUGGGUAUUAAUAUGUUGUUUGUCACACACGACGAUCGGGUCUAUGGAUUGGGUACUAAUGCCUGGGGAUCACUGGGUUUGGGACACAAGCAGUAUGUGAGUCAACCACAAGAAAUUGAAGAAUUAAGACAUAAAAAAAUUAUUAAUUUUCUAAACGGAUAUUCAUUUGUAAUAUUUCAAAGUAGUGAUAAAUGUGUGUAUUGUUGUGGUCUAAAUUAUUGUGGACAGUUAGGUAUUGGAACAUAUAUUAAUAAAUUUUUGCGACCAAUGAAAAUACAAAUUACUGAAAACAAUCAUUUAAUAUGUAAUGUAAGCUGUGGUUCAGUACAUACAUUAAUGUUGACCAAUAAUAAUACAGUGUAUGGUUGGGGUAGCAAUCGAUUCGGACAAAUCGGUAGCCGAGACACUACUUGUGAAUCAAUCAAUGAACCAGAAAUAAUUGAAUUCAAUGAUAAAUAUUGUAUUAAAUCUGUUCACUGUUUUGACCAGUCAUCGUUUGCAUUAACAAGUGAUGGACAAGUGUUAAGUUGGGGUCAGAAUCGUAGCAAUAAAUUGGGUCACAAUGAAAAUGUUAGAUUUAUAUGUAAACCUAAAUUAAUAUACAACUUAACAGGAAUAACAUCAAUACAAUCAAGUUCUGUAAAUACAUAUUUUACUAAUAAAAACUUGAAUGAAGUUUAUUUUUGUGGCAAAUAUUAUAAUAAAAGCAAUGAAAUUGCAAUACAAAAUACACCAAAAUUAUUGGGAAGU